AUGUCUGACGUUGAAACUCCAGUUCAAGUGCAAGAAGAAUUCGAAGUUGUUGAAGAAUUCACCCCAGUCGUUUUGGCCACUGCCAUUCCAGAAGAAGUUCAAAGAGCUCAAACUGAAGUUAAAUUAUUCAACAAAUGGUCCUUUGAAGAAGUUGAAGUUAAAGAUGCUUCUUUAGUUGAUUACAUUCAAAUCAGACAACCAAUCUUUGUCUCUCACACAGCUGGUCGUUACGCCAACAAGAGAUUUAGAAAGGCUCAAUGUCCAAUCGUUGAAAGAUUAACUAAUUCCUUGAUGAUGAACGGUAGAAACAACGGUAAGAAGUUGAAGGCUCUAAGAAUCGUCAAGCACACUUUGGAUAUCAUUAACGUCUUAACUGAUGCUAACCCAAUCCAAGUUGUUGUCGAUGCCAUUACCAACACCGGUCCAAGAGAAGACACUACUAGAGUCGGUGGUGGUGGUGCUGCCAGAAGACAAGCUGUCGAUGUCGCUCCAUUGAGAAGAGUCAACCAAGCUAUUGCCUUGUUGACCAUUGGUGCCAGAGAAGCCGCCUUCAGAAACAUUAAGACCAUCGCUGAAACUUUAGCUGAAGAAUUGAUCAACGCUGCUAAGGGUUCUUCCACUUCCUACGCCAUCAAGAAGAAGGAUGAAUUGGAACGUGUUGCCAAGUCCAACCGUUAA